ACUGCCUUCAAUAAAACCAGCCUGGCAACACUGGAUAUAACCUAAAAAUAGUUGUGUUCUGUGUGUCGUACUUGGCAGUAAUAUACGGUUCUUAUUAUUGUUUAAUAUCACAGAUAUGUAAUAUGGAUGCAACAGUAGACGAUUUUUUAAAUGAAAUUAACGAAAUUGUGCCUUUGAAGGAGAAUACUGGCGCUUGGCAAGAAUGUUUCGAUGAGCAAAGUGGUUUUCAUUAUUAUUGGAACACAAAAACAGAUAAGGUUACAUGGUCAAAACCAGAUGAAUACAUACCAAUGAAUAAAUCUUUAAAAACCAACAUUUUACCCAAUCGGCCACAAAUUCCAUUUGAAAAAGCAAAUAAAAUUUACAAAAUUGGGCAAACCAACUUGCCAGUAGUAGUAGCUGAUUUGAGUAAAAAAAACAAAAAGAAAAGUAAACCACAAACAAAUAAGGAGAUAAGCCAAUGUAAAAGACCUGUCAGUGAUUCUGAAGAUGAAAAAAUUGUUUUGAUAUCAUCAUAUGGUGAAGACACUGAUUCAGAAAAUGAUGAAGAACCAGUAUCUAAAUUAAAAUUACCAAAUAAAAAAAAUCCACAAUCAUCUUUCUCCAAUGAAUCCAAACCAGAAAUUGUACAACCAAGUCAUAGUAAAGAAAACCCAAUUGGAGGGUUUUCUUUGGUAGCUGGAUAUAGUGAUAGCGAGGAUGAUGAAAAUGAAGAAGUAAAAUCUAUAUUUCCCAUCCAACAACCAAUAAUUGAAAGCAAAGUUUCCCACAGUACCCUUUUUCCGAUAACAAAACCCAUUGAUGUAAAAGAUUUUCUAAAUACGCCUCAUGUAGAAGAAAAACCAGAGCAAGAAACAAAGGCAGAAAACGAAUUAGUCGACACAAAAGCUUUCCAAAGAAAAAGAAGGAUAGGUAUAUCCCUAGUUAACAAUAUUAAAAAGCCAAAAGAAGAAAAUGAAGAGGAUGAGGGAGAAAAAAAGGGUUUUGGUUCUUCUGCAAAUGAAAAGAAAGAGUCAGUUUAUGCAGGAUUUAAAAAAGGUGGGGUGAUGUUUGUAAAAUCUGAUGAUUUACCAGGGAGCAAAUUAGAAAUAACAAAAACACAAGAAAAUCCUAAAGAAAAAAACUCUGAAUCUGAUCAGAAGCAUGUUGUAAACUUGUACAAUGUUUUAAAAGGAAAACUGACAUUUUUAAACGAAGGAAGACCUGAAGUUUCACCUGUUCAAAUCAUGCUUAUUCAAGCAGAGACGUUGUUUUUGGCGAUGGCAGAGGAAGGCCUCUUGACAAGUUACUUUAAUAAAUGGUUAAGCGACACAUGCGCAGAUCUCAUAAAAUUGGAAACAGAAGCGGCACCCAAAGGCUGGACAUUAAAAUGGGAUAGGUCGCACAUGCGCUAUUUCUACGAAAAUCAUAGCACCGGCGAGGGCCAAUGGGAGUAUCCGCAGCCCGACGUGGUGCGAUGCGAUGAGGCGAUGGACAUUUCGACGACUCCGCCCCCUGAAGACGAGGUCGAACAACCGGUUAUGGCGGUAAUGGCUCCGGUCGAGCCACCCCUGCCGCCCAUGAUUCGGGACCCGACCCCGCCUCCGCCGCCGAUAAUAAGCGGCCCUUCUGAAGAAAAGAGAACCGAAGUUAAACCAUGUGAUGUUCCUUUGCCUCCUGGACCAUCAUGUAAUAAACUCACCACUGAUAGUCAACCCCUUCCUCCAGGUGUAGAUUUGCUUGAAGAACCAAUACCUGAGAAAAAAACUGAUUCCACUGCAGAUACCUCAUUAACAACAGCUUUGGAUUCGUUUUAUUCUGAUAUAGCAGCAAUCGAUCAUUCAAAUUCACCACCUGUUCCACUAGAAGAAACACAACCUGAAAAUAAUGGAGCGUGUCUGGAUUCAACAAAAAAGAAAAAGAAAUCUAAAGUGAAAUUAGGACCUGGAUUGGCAAUGAAGAAAAAAGGUGUUUCUAAGUUAGUUGAGAAAUGGAAAAAUGUACAAAUGGGAUAUGAUAAAUAAUAAAUUAUUUUUUCGUUCAAUAAAUUG